AUGUCCAAGAAACGCAUUGUGUAUCAACCUACGGAUGUAGUCCUGGCUAAGGUCAAAGGAUUCCCUGCAUGGCCCGCCAUGAUUGUUCCCGAGGAGCUUAUACCUGGAAAUGUGCUCAAAGAGAGGCUGGGAAAACCGACUGUGGACGAAAUAGAGGAUGAAAACAACCCGGACAACUACGUGGUGUACAACGAUCACUUGAAGUUUCGUAAAAACUUCAAACCCCAUACGUCGUACUGCAUCAAGUUCUUCUGCGAUGACUCCUACAUUUGGCUCAAACCUGUGGAUUUCAAGCCUUUAUCCGCAGAACAAUGCACCAAUUGGCUACAAAAUUCCAAAAAGCAGACCAAGAAACUAAUACCAGCAUAUGAAAUGGCCGCUAAGGGCCCUCAGGGAAUCGAUGUAUGGGAAUUCAUCGAAUAUGGAAGUCAGGGAAAACCAGAGGAGGAAGAGUACGUUGACGAAGAACCGGAGGAAAAGUCGCAAAACGAAGACAACGAAGAAGAAGAAGAGUUGUUGAGUGAGCCAUUGAGUGCUGUAUCGGAAUCCGAUUACGAUGAGGGAGAUAAGGUACGCAAGGGCAGUCGUUCUAGUAAACGGCAAGCCAAAGCAAAGGCCAAAGAUGUCGCAAAAGGUCGUAAGACACGCAAACGUCGCGCUAUCUACGAUGAAGAUGAUAAUGCACAAGAUUUACUUCAAGAAUUGCAGGAGGAGCCUAAAUCAGCUUCACGAUCCAAAAAAAAGAGACCUUCUUUGAAGGUAAAAAUCGAAGUUCAAAAGUACAAGUUCGAAGAUGAUGAAAAUUGGUCUAUAGUGGGGCUGGGCCCUCAGGAACUUUCGUUAUCCACUUCUAACUCCAUCGUGAACAAGCUCUCGCAAAAGAAAAAUCUGGAAGUGCAUAACGAAAUCAAAGCAGAUCUGAUAGACAAACUUGGUUUCGUCAAUAGGCUGAUGAGCGAGUUGGUAUUCAAAAACUCCGAUGAAGACGAUCAUGAAGAGUAUCUUAUGCUCAUCGAUGAACUCGAACAGUGCUCGGCACUGCGAGGCUCUCAGGACGAAUUGGUAACGGUCUUUUUAUCCGAUCAGGAGCUCGUCAUCAAUUUGAAUGCGUUGUUCAAUUUGAAACAAAGCUUUCUUCGCGAAGCUCGACUUUACGAUAGACUACAGGAAUGGUUUACAAGCAUUUUCGGAUCUCCGUUCGUUGUGGGUCCCGACGCUUGGACCACCGACACGAUGGAUGGAAAAGCAGAGCAUGAUUCACAAAUGAAAGAAAACGAGACAGUUUUAAAUGGCAUAGAACAAGCAGCGGCUUCCUAA